AGGUAUGGCUGUGUGUUCAUCGACAUCCACAUCAGUCACUUCUAUCGAGAUCAGUUGAUCACCGACACGCAGGUUGAUGAGGCAAUCAAGAAUAUCUUGGAAGGAAUCAAGAAUCAGACUAGGUCACGAUGUACAUCAGAGGAUAUGAAAGACCCUGAUCCUGAUUUAAGGUAGGGAAUUUGACUGUUAAUUAGGGAUACAUAGAUAAUUUUUAUUGCAUUAUAAAACACCUUGCAUUAAAAAUUUUCUUAUCGCAUUAAAAAACUCCGACAUGCUAGUGAUUGCCUUUGUUUUUUCCUCAUGAAUUAUUAAUGAGUUUUUUAACUAUAUAUAUACUACUAUUAAACUCUUUGUACGUUUGCAUGGCGAUAAAACAUAUAAUAGUUUUGUUUGUGGAAACACCACGUAAAUUUAUUACUGCCAAGCUUUCGAUCCGUAAGCCCGGAUCUUCACCAGUGCUAAUAAUAUGUAAUAUUAGCACUGAUGAAGAUCCGGGCUUACGGAUCGAAAGCUUUGCAGUAAUCUGAAAUUUACGUGGUGUUUCCACAAACAAAACUAUUAUACUAUUAAACUAUUUUACACUCCAUUGUAGUGUAUAUACUGUAGAGAACUUCUUGUAAAUGUAUAAUGUAAUUCACAUUUGGUGUGAAUUUGUAUAUUCUUCAAUAAAUUGAUAAUUGAUUAAAAACCCUGUGACCAAUCAUCACUUGCGUACUGUAAAUGUUAUAUCACAACGUAUUUUUUCCCACUUGCCAGAAUCUUGCUUUGUGCAAACUGUGGCGAUCCUUAUCCAGUCGAGCUCAUCCUGGGACCGUUGUUCACGAAUCAGUCCUGUUCGAAAUGUCCAAACAGGAAUGACAGUGUCAUGUUGGAGACUUUUGUUGGUUCUGAAAAAAAGAAAGUCAUGAUCACGUUCACAUCGUAUCACCGUAAGUUACUUUAAAAACUUUAUGGUUAAUCUACCAGGUUAACUCGAAAAAAAUUGAAUUUCAGACCCUGCCUAUAAUGAUUAAGCACCUAGUUAAUCUACUAACUCGAUACCUAAAUCAAAGCGGGAAGUUUCAUCAAAAGCAGGCUUUUAGCCAGAAGGGCGUCCAGGCGUCCUGGGACGCCCCUAGAACAAAAAAUGGACACCUUUGGACGCCCAAAUUCUGGAGGGAAAGGGAAAUUAUUUUCAAUUAUUUCCCUAAGUAUAUUAAUAUGUCUGAAACGAAAUAGCUUCAAUUCUCAUUAUUAUUAUACAUUUGACAUUUUGAUCAGUUUGAUGGUGUACCUGGCUGAAUGAAAAUGUCGUAAUUAAGUAAAGAAGCAUAGCGGCACAAACUCACAAAGCCAAGUGUGUUUGAAAAAUUUCGAACGAGCUUGGAACAGAUACUGACAUGAAGGUUAUAACGUAAACUUCAAAGGUUUUCCAGAGGAACGUUUUCUCGACCCCCCCCCCCCCCCCCCCCCCUCUUUACUGUGGAUGUAUCGUUGUACCAAAAUUGGACGCCCUCUUUUAGGACCCUGGCUAAAAGCCUGAUCAAAAGUAUUCAUAUAGCUUGCAGUAGGAAAUUUGUUUUUAAUCCUGCAAGACUGUAACUACUAUAUGACUACUUCAGGAUUUAUCUUGUAUGUCCUAUCAGUCUUAACGACACAUUGCUUCACACGAUAACACCACAAGACCUGCAGUCACAAACGACAAUUUUAUCUUCCCCAUUUAUUGUAAUCUUUUGCAUUACAUUUUGAGCCCUAAACCCAAAUCCCAGAGAAAGAAAAAUAUUCUACUGCUUAGGACUAACAAAGUUUAAUCUGUUUAAUACUAAAUUUGUAUUCUACUUCUGCUUUAGGUGCAUACAGUUUAAACUAUCAAAAAUUUCAUGGCUAUAUUCUUGUGUACUCUGCUGUAAGAUCGGCGUCGCUGUCAACACUGAGGUAGGUUAAGUACUAUUUAAAACACGAGAAGGAGUUGAUAUCUGACAAAGCACGGACAUAAAAUACGCCCUUGGCAUAAAAGUUAUUUCCAAAACGGUCUAUCCUCCUCUUGCCCAAAAAAAGCAUGCCAUGAUUUCCUGUGAAAAUAUUCAGGAAUGCGACUACAUGCAUAUCGUCGUGAAAUCGACAAUCUAGAAAUGGCGACAUCUGAUUCUUCUCCGGGAAAAUGUGCUGAAAUAAGCUGAUAUGCACCUGUGUUCUAAAACCUCACUCAUACUCAAAGAGUGGAGGUUCAAUCUGAGCUUUUCGUGAGGGCAUAUCAAUGCUGUAUUUGAAUAGCUGAAGGUUUAGUGUCGUAACUUACUCUAUGAAUACUCACCCUCCAGCUAUUCAAACACAGCACUGACACUCAAGAAUGGAACCUCCACUCUUUGAGUGUGAGUGAGCUUUCAGAAUACAUACGAGUCGAUAGUUCAGGCCUUAAAAUAUCGGUCGGUCACGGACAUUGUCCGACCCAUUCGUGAAAUUGUCCGACGUAGAAAGGAAACCACCGGACAUUCUGUCCGACCUAAGUGAAACUGAGGUUUAUUGUUUGUCCGACCCGACUCACCCGAGUGUAUUGGUGUCCGACCGAACUGUAGCUUUGUCCAACGUAAAUCAAAAUGUACCCUAGCCCAGGACAAGAAACUUGUGUCUUAAAUGGAAAAUCAGAGUACUAUUGUAUAAAAGGUCAACUGGAAAUGUUGUUUGAACGUAGUCGAGCACGGGGCGGCGAGCGAAAUGGUGAAGUGGAAAACGGGCUUAAGUUGUCGAAGUCUUUUUGAUACUGCUGUUCUGGAAAGCAAGUUAAUUUUGGCUUGGAAAUAAGUAUGAAAGAAACAAAUUAUUUAAUAUUUUUACAACAUUUACCGUUUAUUCAUUUGUGUCAUUCAGACUUAUUUCCGAGUCAAAAAUGAACUGAAGAUCAUCGGACAUAUGUCCGACCCAAACUCAACGUCACCGGACAUUUUGUCAGACGGCCCUGUAAAAGAUAUUUUAAGGCCUGAUAGUUUGCCAUUUUAGCAGGAAUAGGCAUAGGAAUGCAGUCGUAUUCCGUGAAUGUUUUGACACGAAAACAGAUGGAGGUUUUUUGAGGGUGGGGGACUAUCUGUGGUUUUGGUAAUAGUGUAUUAUGCAAUAUAUUCAUCUAAUCUUGAUCCUGUGAUCGAAAUAUUCCAUUGUCUUUUCUCAUCGUUUUCUCCAUACCAUCCAGUCAUUAAUUGUUGUGACUUACUACUUUAAAACCCCCUCAAACGGCCUAAUAAUAAUAAUCUUAUUUCGUAAUCUCUUCUAGCGUCUAUGCAUCGUCUAUACCAACCAUCCCCAUACAAGUUCUGGCUACCACAGGCAGCUAUUCUGGUGCAAGUGUUGUAUUUCACAGUAAUGUCGCCAAGACCCUGCUUGCUGAUGGAAGCAACUUAGCAAGUAAACUUUAUGCUAAGUUUCAGACUACUUCGCCACAAUUUCAAUAUCAAGGUACGUCGUAUUGUGUUUUUACUGAUUUGUCACCCUAGUGAUUUGUGGGGACCUUCACCUGUGAGAUCGUGGGUUCGAUUCGAUUCUCGCUGCCGACUUAUGACACUCGUGUGGGAAGAGUCAGUCAACGCUCUACCGAGAAUCGUGGCUUUUUUCCGGUUUCUUGGCUCACAGGGAAGGUUGUGGGCUUCCUGGCAUUUUUAGCCUCUUAAGGUUAUUUCUCGAAGCCUGUGCCUAUUAUUUAUAUUAUUUUUAAUAAUUGUAAUUUUAUCAUGUAAAUUGUAUUAAGGUACAAAUAAACUAUUAUUGUUGUUGUUGUUGUUAUAACAGAGUGGGUUGGGAUUAUCCCUUAAGGUGAUUCAUCAGUAAUUGUUGUGGAAAUGAAAAUUUGCUGAAACUUCCCAGGAGUGAAGUUUAUGCAUAAUAUGGUCAUAGUAAAAACAGAAAAAAAGUUGGGGGUCCCCCCGAACACGUUUCGAAGACAUGACAAGUGCAAUAUGCCACCUUUUCCCCAUAUGGCGCCAUCUUGAUCCUUUUACGAAUUACAGGAACAAUCGUAAUUGCUGAACAGUUAUUGAAAUUUUUUAACAAGGAUCUUACUGAAAAUGUCUAUCUAGUCAUAAGACAUUAUAUACAAGAAAACAUGGUAUUUUAGCGAAUCAAAAACCAUUGACGUGCAUUGUCGUGAUGCAAAGACGUUUUUUCCCAUUUUCUCAGACAUGUUAUUUUGGGAAGCAUGCGCGAAAAAUGUAAAUAUUUUAAGAUCUAGAAACGAUUUUUCUCUUAUUUUCUGAUAUGACAUGUAAAACGAAUAGAAGAACAAAAAUAUAAGAUAAAAAAGUGGAGUCACGGACCUUCUUAAAAAGAUACAAGGGUUAAACAUGCAACAUGUUGUGAUUUAGUAUGGGUUUAGUGUUAUAGUUGCACAGCGAGCCAGAGUUUUGUCAUUUUUGGUAUAUUUCCUCAAGCACGCCUAUAAUCAAUGCAGAGUGUUUUUCUCUUUGCCCUUACUCUUCCUUUAUCACUUUACAUUGCAGUUCGACUACAUAAAUUAGCUAGAAUUUGUUACUAGAUAUGCGCAGUAAAAGUGCGCAUUGCAAAACUGAUGAAUCACCUUAACUGACCCUUCUAGGUGAAGGAGUUUUGAAUAUACGUGAGACAAAAAAUUUGUGUUGCCAUUCUCCUUUACCUGAUUUUUGUUUCGUUUUUCCAGCCGGUGCAUUUGCUGUGUUUUUCAACCGUGUUUGGGAAAAGAAGCGAGAGUCCGAGGCAGCUUACGUCGAGCACGUAGCGACGCUUUCGUCCGAUACAUUGCCACGCAAAAAACACGAUCCAUUACCCGAGGUCCCUCCGUCACCUCGCGACCGUAAGGCGAACCGUAACCGAAGCAUGAGCGAACGUCAUUACGAGUCACCGGCACUGGUAACGCGGGAGAUUCAUAGCAGUUCGAGUAGCCUCGUUGCCCGGCCCGCUCCGUUCGAGGUCUCACUGGUGGAAGACGAUGGACUCAGUCCGUAUGCUGUGGUAAAGAGAACAACAUUCCCUACAGGUUUUAAUCAGAAUCAACAGCCGUUUACCAGCACGCCAAAUGCAAGUUCUACAGAGGAAGUUAAUCCGUACGCAUCGUCCACUCCGCUGAGAGCCGAGGUACGUCUCUUUGUACGCUAGAUACGUACAAACAUCAGGGUUCGUACAAAACUUGAAAAUCCUUGAAUUUGAAAAAUGAAAUUAAAGGCUUUGAAUUCGUAAAGAAGCGCGAAAGUUCUUCUUAGUUUUUUUUGAUUUUCUGAAAUUGUUUGACAUUAAAAAACGGACACCCCAUCGAACCGAGCCGCCAUCCCCCUAGAAAGUCGUUUGAAAUUCAUUAAAGUUGCCAUUUGAAUGGUUUAACGACACUUUUACCAAUGGACCUUUCCCCUUAUAACUAAAAUUUUGAUCUAGACAAAAAUUUCAUCACAGCUUGAAAGAGCAUCACAAAAUUAGUAAUAUUCCAGUUUUCAGUCAUUUUAUAUUACGCAUGGGAAAUUGACAGCCCAAUCGGGUGUUGGGGCUUCAAUUUCCCGUUUGUAAUACAAAAUUACUGAAAAUUGCAAAUUUCGCAAGGUUAUAUUAUCCGCAUUUUACAACAUUUCGCAACGAAACUUUGGAAUAUUACUAAUUUUGUGAUGCUCUUUCAAGCUGUGAUGAAAUUUUUGUCUAGAUCAAAAUUUUAGUUAUAAGGUUAAAGGUCCAUUUAUCUGCCCUGUAAUCCUUGAAUUUCCCGAUACAUUGCCUUGGAGUCUGUACAUAGCUUUAAGACCGUGCUAAUGCUUUAUUCGUUUAUUUACUCAUGCUAAUCAUAUUUUAAUCAGGUUUUCUCUCAGAAACAAAACAUGGUGGUGGAAGACCUUGAACAUCUCUACUCUAAAGUCGACCGAGCAGCAAUACUGAGAGCUGUCCAAGCCGAGGACAAGGAGGGAUCCACUCCGUCUCUUGAUAACAUUUCAUACGAUGAUAGACAGGGAUAUCGAGGGUCCGGAACCUUCGAAGGUCCCGAUACACCCCCUCCUAUCCCUACACGUACCAUACACGAGGAAGAUGACGAUGAAGAACAGAGGCCUAUGAACGAUCCGAGAUAUGCUACUAUAGGAAGUACAAUGAGUAAUAAUCAUGAUGAGGGAUAUUCGACCGUGGAUGACACAUUACAGCGGGGGAUUAAGGUGAGUGGGCUGAACUCUAUUAAAACUGGAACAACUCCGGUUGUGUUUUUGAAGUCAAAGAGGGCGGAAGUCGUAGCAAGUCUUGUAGGUCUGCCCUAGGCCCCCACGCGGAAAUUAACUGAAUUCAUUAGGAAAAAUCGGUAUCAUUUCAUGUAGAAAUUUCAUAAUUUUUCGGCAGACUAUUUUUUAAGUCCGCCUUUACAAUGGCCCUACGAAACUAGAACAAGUAGUGGUCUGUCAGAUUAAAUAAAUUUUAGAAACACUUUGUCAUAAAAAGCAAAGUUAGCCACCUAACCAGGAAAAGAAGCGAAAAAUGCAACUUUAGGUCUCUGGUAGGAAUUGAAGCUGCGGUCCUGCGAUUCCGGUGCAGCACUCUAACCAACUGAGUUAUAGCCUGCGAACAGGCUCUAAGCUGAAUUGAGAGCCUGCAUCGAUGACUAAUGAAUUUGAAUAUCUGCCCCGUAACGUUCAUUUUUCCAAAUAUGGAAUGUCUAUCCUUAUAUGGUGUUGUUUACAACUUUCGUGCAAACUAAAUUUAGACCGUGCAAACUAAAUUUAGACCGUGCAAACUAAAUUUAGAUCGUACAGUUUAUACUGUUUUUCGAAAUAUAAGAUAUUCAAGCAAAAGUUCAAAUGUUUUAAACACUGUUUUCUCAAAACAGAACAUUUCGUGCUUUGAGAUAGGACGGCCAAUACCAAUUUGAUCAGUUAAUGUAUUUUUUAUGCAUAGUGCUUCAGCAGUUGACAUAUAUAGAGCUCAGCGGAAACAUAUAAAUUAUAGCAUCUGACCAAUGAGAAUUUCGCGUCACGAUUUGAGACGCAGAUAUUGAAAUUCAUUAGUCAUCGAUGCAGGCUCUCAAUUCAGCUUGAGAGCCUGUUCGCAGGCUAACUGAGUUACAGAGGCCAGUUAUCGAGCUCUAACCACAAGUUUAUGUAUAUAUACUAGACAGGGUUAUUGGAAUGCAGGUCUUAGGUCUUUGAAAAGUCUUUAAAUUGUGUGAAAAAGCGAAGAAAGUCUUUAAAAGUCUUUAAAUUCUUUAGUGAGGAAUUGAUUAUACGAUUUCCUGGCUAAUAAAAUAGAUUGAAUGAAUCAAGAUUUUCGCAAAUAUCGACGAAAAUGCGCAUUUUAGGAUGUGAUUUGACGGGACUAAUUACCGGGUAAACAUGUUGCUCACACUCGCAAUUUUUCGACAGCUGAUUGCGCUCAAAGGUCUUUGAAAAGUCUUUCAAAAUAGGCAGAAAAAAUCUUUGAAAGUCUUCGAAUUUUUUUGGUCUUGGAGACUACGAACCCUGCUAGAGUACUGCCAGGUAUAGGUUAUGGGUAAAUAUCAAGACUUCUGUGGCAUCUCACUUGAAUGAAUCAUAUUUGAUGGCUAUUGUAGAUGGCAAUUGUCGAGUGGAAAUUUAUAUACAUUUGUUACACUUAACCAGGAACAGAAGCGAAAAAUGCAACUUUAGGUCCCUUGCAGAAAUUGAACGUGCGUCCUGCUGUGUAUUCUUCUUCUUGGAAAAUCGACGUUUAUAUGCCGUCAUUUUGCGUAUUUAUAGGGACAUUUAGCUAGCAGGACGGCGACGGCUAUUAACACAAUGAAAUUUAUGACAGUGUAGAAAGAAAAUGCAUAAUUAAAGGUCCCUUGGGAGUUUUAGACGUCGUCCUUGCUCUGUGUACAACAGCAAAACAAAGAUUUUCACGUUUUGUAUACAACGUCUGCCUUUCAAGCCGCGAGAAGUCGUCCGCGCCAAAUUGGCUUAGUAGAAGCCUUCUCAACUAUAAACCUCUGUCUUAACCUUCUAAAUUGCAAUACAUUCAUACAACGGAUAAUACAAGACAUGUUGUUCUUAAAGUUACUUAUUUGAACGAGUUUGUUUUGGCCGUCGUCGUCGCGUUGCCGUCACCUAUUUGCUAAAGGUCCCUUAUGUAUGUUGCGGGCCAACAAUUCUUCACUUGUUGAGGGAUCGCAGUCACGUGACCACAAAUCAGCCAAUCACAUUUGGUGUUCGUCCUAGCUACAGUAUAUAACAAUUCUGCCUAUCUUUUAGAUGCGUCCCCUCAGUGGCGAUCCUUAUGAAAUGAGAAUGAAAGAAAAGAUUCAGUUCUUUGGCGAGAAAAUCACACCGUACACCAAUGCCGCAAACCACCGAUUUCCCAGCGACAGUUUACGACGAUUACACGACAAGAGAGCCGUACCAAGCCUCAUCAAACAGUUCUCGCACAGCGCGCCGCUGGCACAAAUGGAGGUAUGAAAACUAGUGAAUAAUAGAGUGAAGCAAUCUCGACUCUGUAGCUCAGUUGGUUGGAACGCUGCACCGGAAUCGCAGUGCUCGAGGGCGUAUAGUUGCAUUUUUCACAACUGUUCAUGGUUAGGUCUAAAAUUGUAUGUAAUCGUCCGCUCGAAAAUUACGACUAUUGCUAUCGGGAGUCUUGCAAUAUGUGAGACAUUUUUAUCUGGUUCAUUUUGUUGCCGGAAGGGCUGUGGAUUACUGCACAACUACUUUAAAAAUACAAGCAGAACUACGGGGGGGAAUACAAGCUCAUACCUGCAGAGUUUAUUUUUGUGGAGGUAGCCAAUCUUCAAGUGGAGCUAGGCUAUGCAACAUUCUUGUACCCAGGCCCAUCUUACACGCGGUCAACAGAGCGUGACGAGGGUCGAGGGGUACGAGAAAUCGAGAAUGGGUUGCGCCGCAACUGCACAUCCAGCCUUUGAACGAGAACAAAAUGCCAAGUGUGCCGUUAGCCAGUAACUCUAGGCUUAGAUACCUAACUUUUUCAUGAUUUUUGGAGUUAUACCUAGCUCCAAUAUUUCAACUCAGUUUUGAAUUACACAAGUUAGUCAAGUGUAUAUUUUGCCGGUUUGGAGUUAGUCCUUAAACACCUCAAAUAACAUCGAACGAAUUAACUGUUGCCGUGGUCAUGCACCGUGAAAAUAUGCAAAUCACGUACCAGUUUCAACAACUACGGCAUUGCACAACGCUUAAGACCAUGUAAUUUACAUUCGCCUUUGUCUUUGAGUAUCAAUGCUAUUGUUCAUCACCACGUUGCCGUUGCCUUUGCCGUUGUAUUUGCCAAACUCCCUACUCUCAAUCGACAGUCGCCGUGUUAUCGUCGCUAACUGCACUGGCACUGACAUAUUUUUUUGCGACCCCUUUGCUUUCUCCAAUUUUGCACAAGCGCAGAGAAGUAGCUCUUUUUAGUCUAAUCCGUGUAACGCAUUUGUUUCCAGGAAUCAGAAGUGCCUGAUUACGCUUCUGUCAAAGAUAUCGAAGACGUACGCAAGAAAGCCAACAGACAUUCGACCAUACCGGAAAUCACGAGCAGUUACACCGAGAAUGUCGUCAUGCGUGUGACAAACAAGGACACUCCACGAAUAGCAAGGUCAGUAGGGUUGACGAACUUAGAGUUUGUUCAUGAACGAGAUCUGUAUGCCCUAAACUGUUCUCCUUACAGUAGGAGGAACAGCCGGCUAAACAAAACUAUAUAUUUGUUGAAAAUAGAUGGCUCUAUCAUUUCGGUAAAAUUGCUUCAGUCCAAUAGAAACCCUGUAAGUGCCGUUCAUGCACCGACUUGUUCCAUAUUCUCUCGCCAAGGCCCAGUCCUUUCAGCCAAAAUUUGGUGCUUUUGUUCGUAUUUUCAUUUUAGUUCUUUUGCUUUAAGUUCCUCUAGGUGUUUAAAUACCUUUCCGCCAUUUUGUUAGUUUUGGGAAAAUUAUUAUUUGUACUGCAGUACAAUAGACCUUAUGCAUAAUGACGUUACAAGCUUGAUGCCCGCGAGGAAUGCUAGUCCAUCGCCCGGGAAAAUUUCGAUAGUGGCCAUUUUGAAUUGUUUAAUUUUCCCUGGCGAUGGCUACUAAGACCAGCAUUCCUCGCGGGCAUCAACCCUUGUGACGUCAUUAUGCAUAAGGUCUAUUAACCCAUUGCCACUUGAAAGGUUAAGAGGAUGCAUGGGCAUUUGGUUAACCCAUUGAGUGGCAGCAUUUUCCACUUGACGAUUAAAAUCGUCUGGCGUUAGACAGAGUAAAAUACUGAAGUAGGGCGCAUCGGGUUGCAUUGCCACUUAAAGGAUUAAUGAAAUAAUUGUACUCCUCUCAACCAAUCAGCAUCCAGUAAUUUUGUCAUGCUAAUAAUAAACGCUGUAAUACAAGGUGCAGUUUCCGUAAUUGCAACAAAAAAAUUUGAAGACGCUGUCUUUGCACUUUUAUUCAUUAAUUGAUCAAGGCAAGAAGAACGAAAUCCACCACAGCCAGGAAGAGCGUCUUAGAAUGAGUAAAACUGCAAGGUUUAGUUGCAAAAUGUUGUAAAUGAAGAAAAUAUAGCCCCGUGAAGUUCGCAAAUUUUGUAUAUAUUUGUAUUACGCGCGGUAAAAAUAACCACUUUCGGCUCAAAAAUGGUUAUUUUUCCCACGCGUAAUGCAACAUUUACGAACUUUACGGGGCUAUAUUUUCCUUAUUUUUCAACUAUUCGCAACCAAACUUUGCAAUUUUACUCAUAUUAAGAUGCUCUUUCCACCUAUAGUAAUCGAUUUUGUUCUUCUUGCCUAGAUCAAAAUUUCGUCUGUAUAUAGCUGGAAUCCAUCCAUUGUUUUCUCACUUUUUUAUCUUUCUUUCGCCAGUGUUGGUAUCAAAUUAAAUAAAUUGUUAUUAUUUUUAAGGUCGGCUGACGAGUUCACUAUGCAGGAACUGAUUGGUAAUGCUGCUAACGCUGCGACACAGAAACGUCUUGAGUGUCGUCGUAGUCCAACGAAGCGUCUGACUUUGUCGGAUCGAACUGAAGGUAUAGGCUUGUGUUUAUUACAAAUACUUUUUAACACAGGGAACCGGUUGUUUAAAGCUGGAUUAGCGAUCAUCACUCUCAUGCAAAGUUUUGUUUCUCAACUCACAUGCAAACUCUCAUGCAAACUUUCGUUUCUCAACUCUCAUCAACUCUCAUGCAAACUCUCGCUUCUCGACUCUCAUCGACUCUUAUGCAAACUCUCGUUUCUCAACUCUCAUCAACUCUCAUGCAAACUCUCGUUUCUCAACUCUCAUCGACUCUCAUGCAAACUCUCGCUUCUCAACUUUCAUCAACUCUCAUGCCAACUCUCGCUUCUCAACUCUCAUCAACUCUCAUGCAAUCUCUCGCUUCUCAACUCUCAUGCAAACUCUCGCUUCUCAACUAUCAUCAACUCUCAUGCAAACUCUCGCUUUGCCAACUCUCAUCAAUUCUCAUGCAAACUCUCGCUUCUCAACUCUCAUCAACUCUCAUGCAAACUCUCGCUUCUCAACUCUCAUCAACUCUCAUGCAAACUCUCGCUUCUCAACUCUCAUGCAAAUUCUCGCUUCUCAACUCUCAUCAACUCUUAUGCAAACUCUCGCUUCUCAACUGUCAUCUCUCAUGCAAAAUCUCGCUUCUCAACUGUCAUGCAAACUCUCGCUUCUCAACUCUCAUCAACUCUCAUGCAAACUCUCGCUUCUCAUCUCUCAUGCAAACUCUCGCUUCUCAAUUCUCAUCAAUUCUCAUGCAAACUCUCGCUUCUCAACUCUCAUCAACUCUUAUGCAAACUCUCGCUUCUCAACUGUCAUCUGUCAUGCAAAAUCUCGCUUCUCAACUCUCAUGCAAACUCUCGCUUCUCAACUCUCAUCAACUCUCAUGCAAACUCUCGCUUCUUAUCUCUCAUGCAAACUCUCGCUUCUCAAUUCUCAUCAACUCUCAUGCAAACUCUCGCUUCUCAACUCUCAUCAACUCUCAUGCAAACUCUCGUUUCUCAACUCUCAUGCAAACUCUCGCUUCUCAAUUCUCAUCAAUUCUCAUGCAAACUCUCGCUUCUCAACUCUCAUGCAAACUCUCGUUUCUCAACUCUCAUCAUCCUUGUUAGACCGCGACUUAACUCUGGGUUAAUUGUAGAAGGAUUUUGUAGAUGGAAAUUUCCAGUGUGAAUUUUGUACAUUUAUUAGUUUGCAAUGCAACUGCAUGCGGCCUGCGAUUCCGGUGCAGCGCCUAACCAGCUGGGGCCGGUUGUAUAAAAACGUAGUUAGCGCUAACUGCAGUUAAAAAGUAGUUAACUCUUUUUCGUUCGCUGCUGAAAUAACCAGGAGCCGUUGUAUAAAACUCUUAAUCACUUUUUUAAUCACUAUUUUGUAGUUAAAUAGUGAUUAACUCUCAAAUACGCGCUUUUUAUUGGAUGACGUUUCCACUAACUAUAGUUAACUUUAAUCACUUUUUUAUACAAUCGGCCCCUGGGCUAUAUACAAAGGCCAGUUGUCCACCCGAAUAAAAGUUCACACUCGAAAUUUCCGUCUACAAAAUUCUUCUACAAUUGACCAUUUGCAUUAUAGACUAAAUUUUGAUCUAGACAAGUCUAGACAAAAAUUCAUCACAGCUUGAAAGAGCAUCACAAAAUUAGUAAUAUUCCAAAGUUUCGUUGCGAAAUGUUGUAAAAUGCGGAUAAUAUAACCUUGCGAAAUUUGCAAUUUUCAGUCAUUUUGUAUUACGCACGGGAAAUUGACAGCCCAAUCGGGUGUUGGGGCAUCAAUUUUCCGUUUGUAAUACAAAAUGACUGAAAAUUGCAAAUUUCGCAAGGCUAUAUUAUCCGCAUUUUACAACAUUUCGCAACGAAACUUUGGAAUAUUACUAAUUUUGUGAUGCUCUUUCAAGCUGUGAUGAAAUUUUUGUCUAAACCAAAAUUUAGUCUAUAAUGCAAAUGGUCCAUUGAUUAUAUCGAGUAUAGAUGCGCAGAAUCCUGAUAUUAACUCGGGGUUAAUAAUUCCUAGGUCUCAAUUCACCCAAGUCAGAACAGUCUUCACCCAUGACAGAAAUCCCUCUACCUCGCAUGCACUAUUCGGUGUGCUCAGAUGACGGUCAAACUGCAGACGACGAAGCCACUCUUGAACGCUCAAAGAAGCUUCGUAUUCCCAGCAUAAGAAAGUCACGGAAAGGCUCUCCGAUGCCCGCAAGACGUAGUCGGAAGAGGAAAGGUAAGAUGGGAAAUUUUGCGCGUAGACCAGUGGGUGGCAGUGCUAUAACUUAGUACUGUACUUGCCCAAUGUCGGCUUGAUCUGAGCAAGUCAAAUGCAUUAGGCCAAAAAAAAAAUAUGUGGGUUUCCGGUUUCUUCUUAUAAAAACUUAGGUAGGGUAGGUCGGUUUUAACUUUUUUUUUUAAACUUUUUUUUUAAAUUUUCCGAACAAGCGGACGCCAUUUUGUUUAGUCAGUGCUUCCACAUCCAAAGAUAAAUUUCCCUAAUAUUUCCUCAAAUUUCAAUUUUCCACAAACUUUUUCCUUUAAGUGGAAACACUUACAAACAUGAUCCAAUAAAAAAGUUUAGGGUCGGGAUUUCGACGUCCAAAAGCUAGGUAGGGUCGGGAAACCGGAAACCCACAUAUUUUUUUUUGGCCUUACGGGCAAAUAGAAGUUGGUUGUUGGUUGCAAGUUGUUUUAAUUUUUUGCCAGAAAUUAAUAGCUACGCAAAAUUGUUUGCUUGUUUAUAUUGUGCAUUCUUUAUUAAGAGGAGAUUUUCUUGUAUGUUACGUAACACGCGCUCAAAACUAAUGCGUUUAAUAUAUCAUUUGAGGUUAUGACUAAAUUCAAAAUUUUUAUUUUUCGAUACGUUUCUCACUCGGCAAACAAACUUAAAAAGUAUGUUUAGUGAUUUAUCUGUAAAGUAAUGCUAAAAUGAAGAGAUUUUUCAUGGUACGCCAAAGAGAAAAUGAUGUCUGAAGUUAAGUAAGUUUUGCUUAUAUGGCUGUAAAUAUGGCGUCAAUUUUAGAGCAUCAUUGAUAAUUGAAUUUUAAUUGACAAUUUUUAACUAUUAUUUUAUGUUUCUCAACCGGCAGAUGCAUUUAAAGUGCCUAUGCGACAAUUUUUUUUAUGAAUGAAUUGCAAAGUUCAUGUAAAAUCAUAAUAUAACUUGUUUUCUAAAACUUUGUAUUCUCUCCUGUAUGUCAAGAUUUUCGACUUUCUUUGAUAUACAAAUGUGACUUGAAUGACGUCACACUGCAUAAUGAGUUUUUAGAAAGAAAACGUUUCCUUGCCAAACAUGUAAUAAUUCCACUGACAUUGAAAGUGAUAUACUUUAAGAGCUAUCAAAGCGAUCAUUUCGUCUGUAAAGUUGAGAUAAUGAGAAUUUUAACAAGCUACAACACAGUCUUCUGUAAAAGCAUUAUGCAGUGUGAUGUCAUUUAAGUCACAUUUGUAUAUCAAACAAAGUCGAAAAUCUUGACAAAUAGGAAAGAUUACAAAGUUUUAAAAAACAAGUUAUAUUAUAAUUUUAAAUGAACUUUGCAAUUCAAUCAUAAAAAGAAUUGUCGCAUAGGCACUUUAAAAAGGUAGCUAACUCUAUAAACUAGAGAAUAAAGCUAAAACAAAGUAAUUUUGAGAGGAACGCCAAAAAGGUUUUAGGUUUUGAACACUUUUCAUUACGUUGAAAAACAUUUGAAAAACUCUUAAUAGAUAGGUGAAAUCAACACUUCGUGAUCACGUCUUCAAAUGACUUUGUUAAGAAAACCUGAGAUUAGAAUGUUGAUUAAUCAAUCCUUACUGCUAUCAUUUGCUUCAAAUUUUGCUAAUAUGCAAGGACAACACUAGACCUGAUGGAAUGUGAGUUUUAUUCCUGGCAACUACUUUUCAUGUCUAACUUGGAGGACGUAUAUCUUUCAACGUACAUAGCAAAAACAAUUGCUUGGCUGUAAAGCACCUAACUGUACUUGUGAAUGAGCAAAGAUCACAUUUCAGUCUCCUAUCUAAAUUUCAACCUGCGAACGGGCAUACUUAUUACGGGCUGUAUGGCCGUAGGUCCCCUAUGAUAAAACUUUAAAAAGUGUUUAAUUUUCAGAGUCCGACAUGAAACCAAAUGAGAAGAACCUUAGUCGUAGUAGAAGUGUACCCCGGAACUUUGGUCCUCUGACGAAGCGUUAUGAAACCAGAGAGUGGAGUGCUGCUGGUCAUAAAGCUAAAUAUAACAGCUUGACACUAGAUAACAGGGUAAGUCUGCAAUGAUUCCUGCUUUUUUGUGUCGUGUAUUAAACUACAGGCGAACCCCUAUUGUAGGCGGAUACCUUCGGGACCUCACCAAUGUGUCAUAUUAAACAUGGCCGGAUUUUGAUGGGCGGUGUGCACCUCCUCUGAGAUUGUUUUUGCACAAAGUUUCAGUGAUAGAUCAAAGUGAAAAUGUUUUGAUUUCUUAGGGUCUACACUUCGAAACUCGAAAGAAAGUUUUUCUGUAAAAUUGAAACAGUGAUAGCCAUGCAUUCAUCUCUGUGUCAAGUACCCUUUUAAUGCAAUAUUUUGAAAGAAACUUUGUAGUAAUUGUAAUGAGUUGUACAGUCAUAAUUCAUUAAUACACUGGAUAUAUAGAGGAUAUUACACGCGAAGAUAUGACUUUUUAUCUUCGAGUGGUGAAAACAAUAUUUUACGAACGAGCGCAGCGAGUGAGUGAAAUAUUGUUUUUAACAUUGUUUUUAACACGAUUGGGACCGGAGGUAUGUGUCCACUUAAGAAGGCCGAGUGUCCGCUUGUUAAGAGGGGUGUCCUCUUAUGGGGCUCGACUGAAUUUCGGAUGAUUCUGGUAGCAAUGUUAAAAUAUUCGGUUUAUCUGCUUAUUAAUCAUCGUACUGAACUCAUUUGGUAUCUUCAAUCUAGGCAUUGUCUCCUGGUCUGGAUGAUGGCGAAUCAUUCACAGAAGAGGAUACGGAAGAUGACAAUAGGAAGGUAACUAUUCUCAAUCUCGAACAGUCUGUGCCAGUGUAGGUAUAGCGACGAUAACAAGACAGCUUGCCUGCCUGCCUGCUUUCUUGCUUGCCUGCUUUCUUGCUUGCCUGCUUUUUUGCUUGCCUGUUUUCUUGCUUGCCUACUUUCUUGCUUGCUUGCUCGCUUGCUAACUUACUUGCCAACUUACUUAUUUGCUAACUUACUACUAACUUACGAAACAGCAAAGAAUGCCUUUCCACAUGUCUGACAACAUUUGUAAAUUGUACAUCUUUAUUAUGAAGCUUUUCCCUCAUACAUUAUUUAUACUUUCCAGCGUACGAAGGAUGAGAAGGAGGCGGAAAGGAACAGAAAACGUGAAGAAAAGAAACAAAAGAAACAAGAAAAACUUCAGAAGAAAAAAGAAGAACGCAUAAGGAAAAAACAAGAAGAAUUUCAAAGAAAGAAAAUGUCGAAAGCGAGCAGAAGUAAAUAUUUUGGUCAACCUUUGCCUGACAUCUGUCCUGAGGACUCUCUUGUGCCACUUUUUGUUACGAAAUGCAUUAACUUCGUCGAAGAUAGUGGUAAGUUGAUACUGUAUAGCUCUGACAUUUCUAAACCGCUCUCCCAAGAGGUCCAGUAAAGAUCAUCUCUUGUAGGUCCAGUGUUACUACAGGAGGAAACCUAAACUAAACUAACUUUAUUUAUACUGGAUAGCUCUAUCAAUUCUAAACUGUUCUCCCUAGAGGUCCAGUAAAGAUCAUCUCUUGUAGGUCCAGUGUUACUACAGGAGGAAACCUAAACUAAACUAACUUCAUUUAUACUGGAUAACUCUAGCAGACUAGCAGUUCUAAACUGUUCUCCCAAGAGAUCCAGUAAGAAUCAUCUCUUAUUGAUCCAGUGCUACUACAGGAGGAAUACUAAAUUAUAAACUAACUUUAUUUAUACUAGAUCGCUCUAUCAGUUCUAAUCUGUUCCCCUAGAGAUCCAGUAUUAUAAAACGGUUCUAACCUGUUUGGAGUUUAAGUUGAUCACUUUUCUUGCCAUUCGAAGCACUAGUUACAAAUUAGAAGAACAUUGUCUAACAUCAAUGUUAAUUACGAAUGUGGAUAGCAAGAUGCCAGCAUGUCAUGGCGAAUAGUUCGCUGCAUUUUUGAAACAGCAACUGUAGUCGGUAGCGAAAUACAUUAUUGAAAAGCAGCAGUAGUAGUUGUAGCUGACUACACUAUCUUGAAGUAGCUGUAGCGAACUACAAAAAAUUGUACCGGGUGUCCCAAAAAAAACUGGGCACUGUUUGAUUUCAUGUAACGUAAAAGCUAUAAAAGCUAUCGCAAUGAAAGAUCAUUGCAUUCAGAAAGGACUAGCUUAGAUUUUGAUAUAUAACACUUAAAUUUAAAUGCAAUAUUGAGCGAGAUACAACCAAAAUAAAAAUAUAUAUUAUUUAACAAGUAUAAUUACAUCGGUAAUUAUAAGGUUGUUUUAUACUAUUUUUUGGCAUUUUCAAAAACAGUAGUUCAACGUUCAAACAUCAAUAGCGCAGUCAAUAUUGCAUGUAAAUUCAAGUGCUAUAUAUCAAAAUCUAAGUUAGUCCUUUCUGAAUGCAAUGGUCUUUAUUUCAUUGUGAUAGCUUUUAUAGCUUUUACGUUACAUGAAAUGAAACAGUGUCCAGUUUUUUUGGGGACACCCGGUAGUCAACCAACCCUUGGUCGUUGCAUUUGACAACAACAUAUUUUUUCAUUGUGUGUCAGGAAUGCAAGUGAAAGGAAUCUAUCGUGUGAGUGGAAACAAAGCCGAUGUCGAAUCUGUUCACCAGAAGUUUGAAGAGGACCCAAAUCAGGAAUUCUCGGAAUUAGGACUAACGAUACACGCCGUUACUGGAGCUCUGAAAUCCUUCUUCACCAAGUUGCCAGGAGCUUUAAUUCCAAGUGGCAAUUAUGAUGGCAUUAUUGCUGCCACAAGUAAGUUUAACCCAUUAAACUGCAUUGCGCCAUAACGCGUCCUACUUUAUUAAUCGGGAGCUUAAGCAUGUAGGACAGCAACACGACGAUGACGGCAACCAAUACAAUGAGUCAAUGAAAAGAUAUAAAUAAUUAAAGUCCCGGGGGAGUUUCAGACGUAGUCGUCGCUCUGUUUACAACGGCAAAUCACAGAUUUUCACGUCUUUUAUACAACGCCUGCAUUUCAAGCCGUAACAAGUGCAACUUAAAAUUCGGUUCAGUAGAACUCUUCCCAAACAUAAAGCCAAUGUUUUCAACUCCCUUAUAUUGUAUUAAAUUCAUACAAAUUAUAAUAUACAACAAGUUUUCUUUACUAUAGAUAACUAUAAUUUAUUUGAAGGAAUUUGUUUUGGCCGUCGUCGUCGUAUUGCCGUCCUACAUGCUUAAGCUCCCUAUUUACUCUGUCUAACGCCAGACGAUUUUACUCGUCAAGAAAUUUUUAACAAACUAUCUUUGUAGGAAAUCUUCUUACAUCUUGCAGGAAAUUUUUGGGUGAAAUUUUUGAACCUUACAGUGGUCAACUAGAAAGCUAUGCUCCUUUGACCACUGUGCACCAGUGAACUCUAAGGGAACUGGAACGAUAACUUGGCGGCCAUCUUUGAAGCCAAAUUGAAGGCCGCCAUGUACGUAUGGAGUGGAAAAUACGCCACCAAAAAGAUGUCUGUUUUCGACCACUAAAUAGCUGUAUUUUAACAAGGAAAAAAGCUAAAAACUUUCAACAAUACCUGAAAUUUAAUACAAAACAUGUUUCCAGAACGUAGAGCAGUUAUAAAGUUCUUUUUUCAGGAGUCAAAGUGCGAAGUUUUUUUCGGCACGUUCAAACUUGUGUAAUAUUUUGAAUAUCAAGCUGUUACCCAGGAAGUUUUUGCUGUUAGUGGAUGUAAAAUACUUAGAACUAUCCAGGAAACCAGGUUUGAAUCUUUAAAGUUGAAGCCUUUUGAUAAAAAAGUACUUUUUCUUGCUGAUUUUCGCUCAAAAACAAACUUUUGACUGAAUUUCCCGCUCCUCGAAACUCUCCCCAGUCCUUUUGAAAGUUAAUUUAUUGCUGGCCGUGCUCGCGAGAAGCGCUAUUUUGGCUUCAGGCAAGUAUGGGCAUGUUUAUCUGCAGUUAGCGUUCCAGUGUUAUUACAGUUCACUGCUGUGCACUAACACUAUGUUGAUUUUAUCUUCCUUUUUCUUUUCGUUCUAUUAUCUAUUCCAUAUAACUGCUUGUAAUUAAUCUAAUGAAAUAGUACCAUUAAAGAAUCUUGAAUCUAUGUAAAUAUAUACUGGAAUGCCAUAUAAUUUACGUAUUGUUUACAAAAGGAUUUUGCAAUUCAAAAUCUUGUGCCGAGACUGAAGCUUAUCACACAAAUUAAUUUUUCUCAUUUGUACGAAUUUUUUUUAUUCAGCGAUAAUGGAUGCCAACGAAAGAUUUGCAGAGCUGCGUAAAAUAAUGAAGUUGAUGCCAGCUCACCAUUACGCUGUGUUCAAACGUUUGAUGUUCCAUCUUAACAAGUAUGUUCCACUUUUGUUUUAAGCUGGAGUAAUACGAGCAACAAAAUUGCUGCAACUUGCAACAAAAUCUGAUUUCAACGCAUGUUAAUUGAAAGUGUUUACACAUAAAUUACAAAUCACGAGGCAGCCAUGUGUCGACAUUUAUACUUAACAUGCGUUGAAAUCAGAUUUUGUUGGAAGUUGCAGCAAUUUUGUUGCUCGUAUUACUCCAGCUUUACUGCUAGCAAAAAGACAAAUUUGGUCUCCGUUUGUUUAUACAUAGUUAUAAGUUAUUAACAGGAUAUUGGAAAUCUACCCUCGAUAUAGGCUUGGGCGGUUUUGAUUAAAAUAAUAACCGGUAAACCGACCGACUUAAAACCGGCGAAAAACCGACGACUUUUUCAUUUUCUAACGUAGGAUUUUUUGGAAAUUCUAACUUAACCACUGUCUUGGCAUGAUUUCAUAAUACCUAACUCACUUUCAAAUCCGGAGGAAAUGCGGACCAGCUGAUUUGCCUGCUUAUGUUUUUAUCGAACCUGCGACCCUGGACUCUGUAGCUCAGUUAGUUUGACCGCUGUACCGGAAUCGCAGGGUCGCAGGUUCGAUUCCUGUCACAGAGCCUACGGUUGUAAUUUUCCCAACUGCUCCUGGUGAGGUUGAAUGAAUGUAUAAAAUUCACACUGGAAAUUUUCAUCUACAAAACCCGUCUACAAUAAGUUAACAGGAUUCGUCGGGUCAUGAAAAACCUGGAAAGUCAUGGAAUUUGAAUAUUUUAAUUUAUUAAAAUCCAGGUCUGGAAAUUCUGGAAAAUUUGUUUUAGUCAUGGAAAGUCAUAGAAAUGUUUUGCAUGUAACAAUAACUUGGUACGUUUUCAAUACGAUGUUAUUUAAUAAUUCUCCUAUAUUUGUUUGUUGUGUAGGGUAACAGAGCAAAGAGAUACGAACAUGAUGGAAUCUCGGAACUUGGCGAUCGUAUUCUGGCCAACCCUUGCACCGCCAGUCGUGGCCACGAUCGAUAACUUCUCUAGGACUAUGAACAUGUGUCUGUUUGUUCAGACCUACAUUGAACAUUGCAAUGAGUUAUUCAAAGACGAAUAACUAGGGGGGACAUAAUAGGAUAUCAAUGGAUCGUUGGGUAUAUUCGUGGAUAUAAUGGAACAUAUUGGUACAACGUUGAACAUUCGUGGAUGGUUAUGGAUAUAGUCAGAUGGACGUUUAGGAGCAAUAAUGGGUAGAUGAAUACAAUCGAUCGUUGGGUACAUUCAUGGGUAUAAAAGGACGUAUUCGUACGACAUAGGACAUCAGUGGAUGGUUAUGGAUAUUGUAAGGUGGUAUGUGAGAGUAAUAAUGGAUCACAGGAUAGAACAAAUGGAUAGAUGAGUAUAAUGGUGUUGGUGAAGGUCAUCUUAGCAGUAACAGCAACCUCAGAUGUCGCCUACACAGAAUUGCUCAGGACAGACAUAUUCCUUUGAAGAAGAAUGACAAAUGCCUUUUAGGCCCGCACUAACAAUUUAGAUAAUGUAUAGACGUCACUAAUUUAUUAUGUAUGUGUGUAAAUGUAGUCGCACGAAAAUAACACGCGUAGCGCGUGAAAACCGUCGCGCGUGGAAACCAUCCCUCGCGAAUCACGCGCGGGGAAACUUCAUUCUAGUAACAAUAAUGAUCACCUAAAUAUAAACAGUAAUAUUAAUGAGCUAUUUUCUAAUUAGUUUUCUGUAUUUUUAUUGUAUAUAUUUUCUUGUGGAAAUUGCUUGAUUUUUAACAAACAUUAGAAUUUAGGGAUUUUUGAAUCGUCAGGAUAAGUUACUAAGAUUUAGAAUCUAGCCUUUUGGCCUUUUUGGGCGCAGAGGAAAUUAAAUAAAUGUGUGCAUUUUUAUACUUCAAACGUG